AUGGCAAUGAGACUCAAGCAAGUUGGAACUCCGAAAGAAAUCAAAACGGUGAACGAGGUGAAUACAAACGUCAGUUUGGGUUUGAAAGAUUCUCAAUCUCCCCCAGCGAUCGUGAAAACACAAGUGCCUCAGAUGGAAACUGCCACCGUUCCUUCAUGUCCUACCUCAACUACCAUCCAAGUCUCACCGAUUCCUCCACCAGCUGAAGCCCUUCUUCGCCCUCGAUGUCCUUUCAAACUAGCCACAUUUAAUGUGCGCACUCUGAUGCGUAUAGGACAACAGGCCGGUUUAGCUGUUACGCUCGAGACCCUAGCUAUCGAUGUGUGUUAUAUCCAAGAGACUCGCAUUCAAGAUUCCAGCUCCAUUAUCUGA